AUGCCAGCAACAUCUUACACUCCAGGUGAACUCCUGAUCCUGCGGAGCUUCCUGCCCGAAUGGAAGGCGGGCAGCUCGGAUGACCGUAAGGAUGUCCGGGCACGCGCAGUCGAGCAAUUGGAGGCCCACCUUGGAAGGGCGUUGAAGAGGGGGGCGAAAAAGGCUGUCCGGGCGUGGUUUUACAAUACCGCUCCUGUGAAGAAUAAGAAGAAGAAAGAUAGGCCCUCCGCGUUCGGCCGACGACUGAACUGGCACCGUGUCGUGGCAUGGCACAUGCCCGCGGAACUGGAAGAGAAGAUGGCUUCGACCGGGGUCACUCACGGAGACAAAGACUUCCUCGCGACGUAUCAAAAGGAGCUGCGGAAUCUUGCCAACAGUCUGCCUCGGGCGAAGCAACGGGAAUACAAGGAGGAGGCCGUCCGGUGGAAUUCGGAAGGUCAACCUCACGAGCUGCAAGACCGGAACAUCGUUCGGAAGAGCGAAGCGGUCAUGUUAGACUUCGCAAACUACGUGUGGAGGAACUUCGGUAUGCGCGUGUUCGUCCACGCCGUCUACAAAUCCCUGGAAGGCAAACCGUGUUUAAUUGACUUUGAUUGCAACGACCUUGUCGACCCCAACGCCCAGCGCUCAGCGGGUCGGGUCAAAUUCAAGGAUAUGUACCCUGACUACAAACGUGCGGACGGGUUCCGAGAUCUAUUCAAGGACUAUGGGCACAAACUGUUUGCGGGCGAGGACGUAUCGGAGGACAGUGAUGCGGAUGUGAGGGCGAGUAAGCGGGGCGUGCCGAAGAUUGACUGGGAGAUGUACGAUGACGACACUCCCUGUAUGCCGCACCACGGUGACGAGUGCUUCAAGAAUCUACGGAACAAGAAGGCAUUCAUUUCGGAGUUCGUCCGGCUCCAUUACGUGGCGUAUACAAAAAUGCCGAAACUGAGAGUCCCUUGGGUCGCCCUCCAGGCAUCUUCGGAGCAGCUUCUCGAGGCCGGGUCCCUUCCAACCGGCGUCAACCUUCGAGAACCCUCUCACAUGAAGCAGGCAGAGGUGGACGCCAUCAUCGCACACUGGCGGACAAGGGCUACCUCCACACGGCUUGCCUUUGUCAUUCGUUUCAUUGCCUACCGAAACCAUCAAAGCGAGAUCGUGUCUGUGGAACAUGAGGAGCCGCGGACAGCUGCCCGUCGUGCUGCCCGGAGUGCACGACCUCGGCGUCAAUCGUCCCCCCAUCCGAAGGGUCGCCGCUCGCGUCCAAGUGGCUCGAAGCCUGUGAGUGUCCCCCUGGCACAACGGAGUGAGGCCUCCGAUGGAGACGACGAGCGGGACAACCUUCAUGAACGCCAGUCGGACACCGAUCGUAGUGACACGGACGUCGCCAGCGAAAGUGACCUACCUGACAAGAAAUCGUCUUCUUCCUCGUCAUCGACAUCUUCGAGCUCCUCAACUGGAAGUGAUCCCGCUACCCCGCCGCCCCCCCGUCACAAGAGCGGAGAGCUAGUAGUGCGGCCUUUGCCAGACCACUCCCCAUCGCCCCUAGCAUAUGACGAUUCGGGCCACGAGAUGAUCCGGUCAACGGUAAAGGACAGCCCGCAUUCGGACAUUCUGCCUGCCACGGACGCGGGACUGCCAUCUCCGUCGUCGUCCUCGAGCCCCGCAUCACCUUUGCUCCCAGUGGAUCGCAAAGGCAAACAACGAGCUGACAUCCCUCCUCCAUCCGAUCUCUUUAGUCCCAAACCACCUCAGCGUCCAGUGGGGCUGGGACCUAAAAAGGGAAGAAUGGCACCUUUGAGGUUGAUGUCUGGUCUAGUUAUCGAGCGCAUGAGCAGUCCAGCCCAGCAGCAUAGCCCCGAACCGCGGUCCGAUUCGCCAUGUCCGCCACCAAGGGUCGUGCCCCGUCUGCGUAGGCGGGAUGGGACCGGUGCCGGCCCAUCCCACCCAUCACAGUCUGCGUCCUCGUCCGUGAAGCACAAAAGUGGGUCGGCCGCCCAGUCCGUCCCUGUGGGCAAGACAGGUGUAUUGGCAAACUCCUUGCCCGGGAAGGCGUUGUCCAGGAAUACGAUAGGUCGGGCAGCUCGGACAGCCUCCGCAGGUCCUUCCGGGACGACUGGUUCACCCAUGGCUGACACACAGGCUUCAGCGGCGUCGGCUGCUCAUGAGGCCGUGGAUCGGAAGCCGUCAGCAUCGUCGGCGGCCCCACACGAGGCUGGGGAGGAAGCCGUGAUAGAAGAAGGCGCUCCGGCCAAAAUGAGGGACGACAUAGUCGAUCGCCUGCGCUUCCUCCGUGAACUGUCAAGGAGCAAAUACUACUGUGCGCUGUUGGAAGUCAUUCCGCCAUUGUCACAUGCCGGAUCUUGGCAUACCACCAAGAGCUGGGAAUGGGGCAUGUGGUCUUACGAGAAAUCUCAUUGCCCGCCAGCGGCCCACACGAACGCGACCGAGAUCAGAUCGUUCAAGUCGUGGCUUACCAGGAUAACCACAAGCAUGAAGGACACAUCAAUCAGUAUUGAUGAGGCAUUGACCGUCGCUCUGACGAUCGGAAUGCUACUGCAGGAUCUGGAAAUGGCCUUGUCAGAUAAUCGCCAUAAGUAUAACUUGCCGGACCACGUUCUCCACACGGUCCACGACCACAAAUUCGUCAAGGAGCGCCUGCUUUAUGCAUGCAAGGCACUGGCUAGAGAAUGGCGGGAAGUUCCUGAGCGGACGAAGCGACUGAUGCAUCCGCCGGGGACCGGUUCGGAUGCCUCUGCAAUUGGCGCAAGGAUGAGGAAGCGUGGGCGUAAAGAGGGACAUGGCUCACCGAAGGCGGAGCCUCGGCCUACGAAAAGAAUUCGCCGGCGGUAG